CCCGGGCGUGACGGGGGUGGAGUUUUCGCCGGCUUGCUUGGACCCUUCUCUGGGCCUGCCCGCCCGGGCAGGCUGGGAUCAUGGCCUGUCGGGACGCACACCGCGGUGCUGAGCUCCUGGACUUCGCGCAGUUCCGGGAUUCGAGCACGCAGGCACUCGUUUACGGGUACGGCGGGCGCAGCCUACCGGAGCUGCGGGCGCGCGAAUUCGGCCGCCUGGCAGGAACUGUCUACCUUGACCAUGCAGGAGCCACACUGUUCCCCCAGAGUCAGCUCGCGAGCUUCACUCAGGAUCUCACGGAAAACGUUUACGGUAAUCCUCACAGCCAGAACAUCAGCAGCAAGCUCACCCAUGACACUGUGGAGCAGGUGCGCUACAGGAUUCUGGCGCACUUCCACGCCUCCCCAGAGGACUACAGUGUGAUUUUCACAGCCGGAAGCACGGCUGCUCUGAAACUGGUGGCAGAGGCCUUCCCGUGGGUGUCCCCAGGCCGGGAGAGCAGCGGGAGUCUGUUCUGUUACCUCACUGACAGCCACACCUCUGUGGUGGGCAUGAGGACGGUGGCCAAAGCCAUGAAUGUCACCUCCAUCCCUGUCAGGCCAGAGGACAUGUGGUCGGCGGAGAAACGGGGCGCUGCCGCCAGAGACCCCAACUGCCAGCUUCCGCAUCUCUUCUGUUACCCAGCUCAGAGUAACUUUUCUGGAACAAGGUACCCCCUGUCCUGGAUAGGAGAGGUCAAGUCUGGGCGGAUGUGCCCUGUGAGCACGCCUGGGCAGUGGUUCAUGUUAUUGGAUGCCGCUUCCUAUGUGAGCACCUCGUCUUUGGACCUGUCGGUUCACCAGGCCGACUUCAUCCCGAUCUCCUUCUAUAAGAUCUUCGGCUUCCCGACCGGCCUGGGCGCUCUGCUGGUGCAUAACCGUGUGGCUCCUCUGCUGAGGAAAAGCUACUUUGGAGGAGGCACAGCGGCUGCGUACCUUGCAGGAGAUGACUUCUAUAUCCCGAGACAGUCGGUGGCAGAAAGGUUUGAAGACGGCACCAUCUCAUUCCUUGAUGUGAUAGCGCUAAAACAUGGAUUUGAUGCCCUAGAGCGCCUCACAGGUGGAAUGGAGAACGUCAUGCAGCACACCUUUACCUUGGCUCAGUACACCUACACUGCCCUGUCCUCUCUCCGGUACCCCAAUGGGGCCCCUGUGGUGCGGAUUUACAGCGACUCUGACUUCAGCAGCCCCGAGGUUCAGGGUCCAAUCAUCAAUUUUAAUGUGCUCGACGACAACGGGAGCGUCAUUGGUUAUUCGCAGGUGGACAAAAUGGCCAGUCUUUACAACAUCCAAGUGCGAACUGGCUGCUUCUGUAACACUGGUGCCUGCCAGAGGCACCUGGGGAUCAGUGACGAGAUGGUCAAGAAGCAUCUUCAGGCUGGUCAUGUCUGUGGAGAUGAUGUGGACCUCAUAGAUGGACAGCCCACAGGAUCUGUGAGGAUUUCAUUUGGAUACAUGUCUACACUUGAGGAUGCCCAAGCCUUUCUCAGGUUCAUCAUAGCAACCCGACUGCGCCUGUCAAGUGGCCAGGCUAUCCCUCAGGACACUCUCAGGGAGGCUGGCACUCCACUAGCAGAGAGCGAGGCUCAGAACGCCGUGACUGCCACCAUGAACGGAUGUAGGCCCUCACCUCAGGAAGAUACUUGCACAGACUCCAGGGUUUGGAAUGACCUGCUCACAGCUGUGGAUGCUGUGGGUUUGCACUCACCUGUGCUGGAGGCCACCAGGACGCAGCAGACCUCUUCAGAGAAAGCUGCAGGAGCCCUUGAUGGAGGCCUUGGGCCACAUAUCAUCACCAACCUUUACCUCUAUCCAAUCAAAUCCUGUGCUGCAUUUGAGGUGACCCGGUGGCCCAUAGGAAAUCAAGGGCUGUUGUACGACCGUAGCUGGAUGGUUGUGAAUCACAACGGCAUUUGCCUGAGUCAGAAGCAGGAACCCCGGCUCUGCCUGAUCCAGCCCUUCAUUGACCUCCAGCGAAGGAUCAUGGUCAUCAAAGCCAAAGGGAUGGAGCCCAUAGAGGUGCCUCUUGAGAAUGGUGAGCAGGCUCCGAUUUGCCAAAGCAAGGUCUGUGCAGACAGGGUAAAUACUUAUGAUUGUGGAGAAAAAAUUUCAAGCUGGUUGUCCAAGUUUUUGGGCCGUCCAUGUCAUUUGAUCAAACAAAGUUCAAACUUUCAAAGAAACGCGAAGAAACACAGCAAAGGUCAAUCUUCUGGUACAACGGCCACUCUUUCUCUGGUAAAUGAGGCCCAGUAUCUGCUGGUAAACAGAUCCAGUCUUUUGGAACUUCAUCAGCAAUUAAAUGCUAGUGAUGAGAACGGAAAGGAAGAAGUACUCCCCAUGAAAGAUCUCAUCUCGCGUUUCCGUGCCAAUAUUAUUACCAGUGGAACUAGUGCUUUUGAAGAAGAGAAAUGGGAUGGGAUUUCAGUUGGUUCCUUGCAUUUCCAGGUUUUGGGGCCUUGUCACAGAUGCCAGAUGAUUUGCAUUGACCAGAAAACUGGGCAACGAAACCAAGAUGUCUUCCAAAAGCUUUCUGAGAGUCGAGAGAGAAAGGUGAACUUUGGCGUGUACCUGAUGCAUGUAUCUUUGGAUUUAUCUUCUCCACAUUUCCUGUCUGUAGGAUCUCAGGUGCUCCCUGUGUUGAAAGAAAAUGCAGACGGCCAUGACUUACCUGCUUCCCAGAACCCUCAGGAUGUUCUCUCCUAAGAUUUUUUUUUAUCAGCAUAAAUUAAAAUUUCUC